AUGGCAACUCCGUUGAGGAAACCCACCCAGGCCUCUGGCCUGCGUUCCUCCCUGAACUCUGAGGAGUCGUCGCCGGCCCACGGUCCUCCCAGCCGCCGCCGCUCGGAUGCCGGUUCCACCAGGGGCCCCCAGCUUCGCAAACAGGCCUCGGCCUCUUCCCUCCGCUCUGAGGGACAAGCUUGGUGCCGCCGCUCGGAAUCCAUCCCCGAACCAGACCCAAUCCUGCUCUCUCUGGUGCAGGCCUUGGCCCACACAGGCAUCCCGCUUUCUGAGGCAGGCUUCUUCGAGGCUCUCAUUACACGGCCGCUGGGCGUGAGGCGCUCGCUGCCAUCAAUGGCCCAGCUCCACCGCAGCGUCCUCCCGGCCUUGCGGCGGCGCCACAAGUCGGGUCUCCGUCAGGUUCUCCACCGCCGCGAUACUUUUGUCUUCCUUCAUGAGGCGACGACAGGGGACGGGCGGGCCAUCCUUGGCAUCUCCGUCCUGCCUCUCGACAGGCCUGGGCAGUCUCCGCUGCUCCUGGGCAUGGAGUUCUUGGAGCAGCUGAGCCACCAUUCGGUGGCCCGGGCCGUCACAGGUGUUUUGAGCGAAGGGCACGUCUUGUCCCACAGGGUGCUGGCUGUGGUCACUUCUGGGAAUGCCCACAUGAUCCAAGCCUUUGCUGCCAACGGGAUUCUGGGCACGGUGUUGCCCACUGCCCUUCACAUCCCCUGCCUGGCGCACCAGCUGGAGCUGGUGAUGGAGCUGUGGCCAGAUAAGUUGGAAAGGCUGGUUUCUGUGCUGCACCUCCUGGAGGAUACGUUCGGGCGGCAGGCUGCCCUACGCCACCGUUAUGAGCUGUUUCUGAGAGAGCGCGGCCUGGCACUCUCCCUGCCCGUUCCCAGUAGGUGGACUGGGCCAGAGGCUUGGCUGGAGAAGGCCAGCGUCAUCGCAGAACAUCUCCCCAUCCUGAUGGAGUUCGUGGCAGCUGAUGAAGAAGAGGGUGCCGCCAUGGCCAAACUACAGGCGCUCCUCGGGUCAGGCAGUGAGGAGUUGGUGGCGGAGGCCACCUUUGCAGCGGAGCAUGGGGCAGUCCUCCUGAGCACGGCGCAGUUCCUGCACAAGUUGGGGGAGCCAUUAGCGCACCGGGUCUAUGGCGAGCUGGAGGCCUUGCGCAUUGGCUUCUCCUACCACCUGGACACGGGGUUUGGGCCAAACACCAGGAGGCAGCUGGCCCUGUGCCCGCCUCGUCUGGCAUCGCAGUUCCGCGAGGUCCUGGCUUGCAGCCUCACCCGCCUGGAGCACAUGCUCAGCUCUCACCCUGCGGUGCCCACGUUGAAGGCCGUGCGGGCCCUUGAUCCCAAGCAGGUGGGCGCUGUGGGCUGGAGCCAGCUGCAGCAGGAGCAGGCCAUCCCUGGGCUGGCAGAGGUGGCAGAGGUGGAGUGGUUCCGCUACCAGCAGCUGGCGCAGGCGGCUCCUGCAAAUGUCUCCCUGUCUCAGUGGUGGGAGGCGCAAUCUGAGCAGCUCCCCACCCUGAGCGCCCUGGCCCAACGGUACCUCUGGCUGCCACUCUCCAUGCCCAAGUCCCCUUUCCUCCCAGGAGACGUACUGAGUGGAGCAGGUGUCGAGGAGGGUUUCACAGACGAGUGUGUUUGCCUGUGGUGCAUGCUCAGGUAUAACCGCAACCUCUGUUAG